AUGGUGUGGCACGGUUUGGUUAGAAUAGUUAGGCAAGUGCGCUUAGUUAGAUUAAACGUUUACGAAAGAUGUUAUUCGACUGCUGGUCAUAAAGCGCCACCGCUUCAUCGUGCGGUAAUGGCUACGGAAACAGUGAAAUUCUUCGAACCACAGCGAGAUCAAGUGUUUAUCGAUAUGACCUUCGGUGCCGGUGGUCACACACGCGCCUUACUCGAGGCUGCUCCCGGUUCGACGAUCGUGACACUGGAUCGUGAUCCACUCGCUCAUCGACUGGCGUGUGAAAUGGCGGAACAGUACCCCGGUCGCGUUGUACCGCUUUUGGGUAGAUUUUCCGAACUACCUUCACUUCUUCGAACCGUCGAAGGGUUCGACCGGCAACGACACUACGAUGGCAUUCUGUUCGAUUUCGGCUGCUCAUCGAUGCAGUUUGACGAAGCGUCACGAGGUUUCUCAAUAUCGCGCGACGGUCCGCUCGAUAUGCGCAUGGAUAAAGAUCGCUGUCCGGAGCAGCUGUCGGCCGCUGAUAUACUCGCCCGCAUCCAGGAACCGGACCUCGUCCGCAUUCUGAAGGUGUACGGGGAAGAAAAGCAGGCGAAAAAGAUUGCCCGUGCCAUCGUAAACGCACGGUUCACGGUGAAGCGUAUCGAAACAACGGCUGAGCUGGCGAGCAUCGUAGCGCACUGUUUGAGCCAGGGUGAGACUGGAGCUGGAGGAUCGAGUUACGAUUUCCGGCAGGAUAAACUUCGCCGGCCAGCACAUGUAGCGACGAAAACAUUUCAAGCGCUCCGUAUCUUCGUUAACAAUGAGCUGAACGAAAUUAAUUACGGUAUGGUGCUGGCGAAACAUUUGCUAAAAACCGGCGGUAAGUUGGUUACGAUCGCGUUCCACUCGCUGGAAGAUACGAUCGUGAAGCGGCAUCUAACCGGACACGUGGUGGAUGACGUUGCCAGUAAGGUGCCGCUACAGUACAUUAGCCACACGCUUUCCCACGAAACGGACACGAUGCAGGAGAUGAUGAAGCCAAACUGGAAGCAGAUCAACAAACAUGUGAUGGUGCCGACGGACAGUGAAGUGGCCGAAAAUCCGAGAAGUCGCUCCGCGAAGCUACGAGCUGCCGUACGAUUAAGUUGAGUUAUCUAUACCAAAUAAAUCAGAAGUUAGUUUGUUAAUACACA